AUGAAGGAGGUCAGGAGGAGGAUCAAUGAACUCCAUGACUUCGUCAAGGAUAAGAGCAUCGUCCACAAGGCAAUAAAGGAAAUGGUGAUGGGCAUCAAAUCCGCCAUGAUUGCUGCCGAACUUGAACAGGUUGCGCUGAGGACAAUUGCCGUAAGGGCACUGAUUGAAGCCAAGGAAAAAUCAGCAGCUGAAUCACAGGAGACGCCGAAGCGAUCCCGAAAUCCACGCUCGUUGAAGAGGAAAAAGGAAACGCCAGGAGAGGAAGAGGAGUUGAAAAAACUCAAGAACGACAAAGAAGACAGCAAGGAGGAACGAUGGCGUACCGUCGAGGAGCCCAAGGAGAAGUGGAAAAAACGGAAGGAAAAAGAAGUGAAGAAGAAAGAAGAACAGAAUAAGGAGCAACCCAGGCCUCGUCGGGAGCGAAGCACAGACGAUGCUCUGAUCGUCCAAGCAAAGGACAAAACGACGUACGCAGCACUCCUUCGGAAGGUUCGAGAGGAUCCGGAAUUGAAGGAACUAGGAGAGAGCGUCUUGAAAACCCGGUGCACCCAGAAAGGCGAGAUGCUAUUUGAGCUGAAGAAGGAUCCUUCGUUCAAGAGCACAGCCUUCAAGAAGCUCGUCGAAAUGUCUCUUGGUGAAGGGGCGAGUGUAAGAGCUCUAUCCCAGUAG